CCCGAGCCGCUGAGGCGCCGCUCCGGCCCAGCGCCGCUCCCCGCCAAGCUGCACCUCGGCACCCGCCCUGUCCCCGCGGGGCCCUGUGCCACGGGCCGCCCCCGGGCGGGGAAAGGCAGCGAGCAGCUCAGCGGGGCGCGGCGGCACUGCCCAGGCGGUGGGCGGCAGGGCUGGCGGGGCGGAGGCGGGGCCGCGCCGGGCGCAGAGGCGCUGCCUGGCGGAGCAGGGGCGCUGCCGGGCCAGGGGGCGAGCGCGGGGGGGCCGGUCACUCUCGGCGUCAGCCCUGGGCCGGGCGAGACAAAGGCUCCGUAACGCGGUUGCCAGAGCGCCGCCGGUCGCUUGGUAACCGCCCGCUGCCGCUUUAUCCGGGGGCGUCUCCCGGCUGGGGGCGGGGUGGAGCUGGAGUCCUUGUGGGCGCUCGCCUGCCGUGUCCCGAGGCUCGUUCUCGGCUCCGCUCCCGCUCCUAUGCGGGCUGCGGCCGCCGCGCUCGCAGCACCGUGGGCCCCGGCGGGCGGCCCCUCUGGGCAGCGGGUCGGGUCCCAGCGAGCGCGCCCCGGCCCCGCCGGCGCUGCCCGAGAGCGCCAUGAGCUCGGAGCCGCCCCGCGCCUCGCUGCUCCGCGCCCUGUUUAAGAUGGAGCCGCCGGCGGCUGCCUCCGAAGUGCUGGGGGGAGCCUCGGAGUUCGUGAAAGAUCGGUUGUACUUCGCUACUUUACGAAAUAAACCGAAAAGUACCGUAAAUACCCACUACUUUUGUACGGAUGAGGAACUGGUCUAUGAAAAUUUCUAUGGAGAUUUUGGACCUUUAAAUUUGGCAAUGUUAUACAGAUACUGCUGUAAACUAAAUAAGAAACUAAAGUAUUUCAGUCUAUCAAGAAAGAAGAUAGUGUACUACACCAGUUUUGACCAGCGGAAACGAGCAAACGCAGCAUUUUUAAUAGGUGCAUAUGCUGUAAUAUACUUGAAGAAAACACCAGAAGAGGCUUACAGGACACUUCUGUCUGGAUCUAAUCCACCGUAUCUUCCAUUUAGGGAUGCUUCAUUUGGAAACUGCACGUACAAUCUUACCAUCUUGGACUGUUUACAGGGAGUAAAUAAGGCUUUGCAGCAUGGAUUUUUUGACUUUAAGACAUUUGAUGUGGAGGAAUAUGAACACUAUGAGCGAGUGGAAAAUGGUGACUUCAACUGGAUUAUUCCGGGAAAAUUUUUGGCUUUUAGUGGACCACACCCAAAAAGCAAACUUGAAAAUGGUUAUCCCCUUCAUGCACCUGAAGCCUACUUUCCCUAUUUCAAGAAACAUAACGUCACAUCAAUCAUAAGACUAAACAAAAAAAUUUAUGAGGCAAAACGCUUUACUGAUGCUGGUUUCGAGCAUUAUGACCUGUUCUUCAUAGAUGGAAGCACACCAAGUGACAGUAUAGUUCAGAGGUUCCUGACCAUCUGUGAAAAUGCUGACGGUGCCAUUGCUGUACAUUGUAAAGCUGGCCUGGGGAGAACAGGAACACUGAUUGCCUGUUACAUCAUGAAACACUACAAGUUCACACAUGCUGAAGCCAUUGCUUGGAUAAGAAUAUGUCGACCAGGCUCUAUUAUAGGACCCCAGCAACACUUCCUGGAAGAGAAACAAGCAAUGUUAUGGCUGGAGGGAGAUCACAUCCGAUCAAAGCAGAAACAGCGAGUAGUUGAUGAAAACAUUAACAGAGUCCUUUGUGGCUUGAAUGACAUUUCCAUCAGUGACAGCCUAAAUAAAGUACAAGACUUGGAUCAAUACAGGGAGAAUGAUUUUGAAGACAAAGCAGAUGUGGAAACUCAGAAUGGCAUGACACAGGGAGAUAAGCUCAAUGCCUUAAAAAGUCGGAGACGGCCUUGUUCUGCUACAACUGGAGCUCUGAGGCUGCAAGACAUGAAACUGCACACCAGGUCAAUAUCACAACCCUUCAGACUGAAUACUUCAGGUAGCACAGAAGGAUCCAUGUCUCCUCUGAAGGCCUCCAAAGUGAUGGCAGUUAACUCACCAUCUGCAGAAAGAAUAAGCAGACUUGCCACAUCCUCAGGAUCUAACCUCAAAAGCGUUUCCAUAAACUCCAGACUAGCCAGUUCUCUAGGGAACCUGUAUGCUGCUUCAGAUGAUGAUGGGAGCAAAAUGACAUCAUCGUGCUCUAGGACAGGUUUUUCUGUAAGCCAUAUCUCCAGUCACCUGAAUGGCAGCUUGCAGCUGCCACACAGAAAUACCCAUGAGCUGAACAACAACUUGUACAACAGAAGCAGCAGUAGUGGCAACAACCUGAGCAGCCAAAGCAGUUUGCACAGCGCCGUGACAGAUGGGUACGCCCAGCCUUCCUUUAUGGGCCUUACAGCUCCUCCAGCACCAUACCAGAGUCAAUUAAUUCCUUCCCUUCAGUCUGAGUAUGUUCAGUACUAAAGCCUUGCUGCUUUGGUGAAACCUGCUGAGCUCUUCAAAUUGAUGUUCUUUAUGAAGGAGAAGAACUGAAAAAAAGCUGCUCAUUAAGAGGAGGAAUCUUCAAUACAAGCUUAACACCAAGAGAAGACCUCUUAACAGGAGAAAUUUCUUGUUAAUGACUACUGCAGAUGCAUUGAUGUUGAAUUUAUGGAAAUUACUACCCCAUGUUAUAUACACAUUUAAAUUUUUUAUGUUGAGACAGCUUGAAUAUAUUUCUAAUGAGUUUCAUUAAGACAUUUAUUAACUUGUGUACAGUGUUAAAAUAUCUAUUAAGAGAAUAUUUUGGUAAACUAUAAAAAUUAUGUAAAAAUUAGAAUAUAUUUUAAUUUAGUGUCUACUUUGCUACAAAAAUGUGUAUUUUAAAGAAUUUGUACAUGUUUAUCAAAGAUAUAAAAAUUUUUUAUGAACAAGAUGUUUUUCUUGUUUAAUGGGUCCAUCAUUAUUGCUUGAAGCCUCAUGUAAUUACUCUUUUACUAAUUGGUUUUCUGGUAACUCGAUGGAAGUCCUAACUAAUGAGAGACUAGUUGUUACAAUAUCAACUAAAAGCGCUUGAUAAAUAGUCUGCUCUCCACUUUCAGCUCCUAAUGUUUCUUAAGGAAACGCAAUGAAAGAAAACUAAAGGGAAAAUAUUUGUUGAGAUAUGAUGUAGUUACAUCUUUCACUGCAAAGAGAAAGUAAUUUAUUUAAUGAUUCAGUUGUACAACUAAGACUUUCAAUUUGUCUUAAAGGAAUGUUUUGGUUUUGAUGUAGAAUGUUAAAUUUUGCUAUGCAAUAUAUACUGCAAAAAUGAAGGCAGACCAAACUGAAGUUGGUAAGAAUGUACAUAUACAGUGAAUUCAGCAGCACUGCAUACUUGCAUGUUUUGAACCUACAUUUGGCAGUAUGUGUACAAUUUCCUUAGCAACACACACUAAAUGUUGGAAGUAUAUUAAAUUUUCAUUUCUCAGUUGGAUGCUUCAUACACCUUUAGUUUUUUUGUUAAAUAUAUAGUUUAGGUAACCUCCUGUAUCAUGGAAUAUUUUUGCCAGUAAUAAAGAUGCUCUUUAACAUAUAGUUAAAUCAGAUGUUAUUACCAAUGAGACUUAGAAUUAAAUGGUGUUACAGUGAGGUCCUAGAGACCAGGUGUAAAAUUUUCAGAACUCCAGAAGGGCAUAGUAAGGAAAGUAAUGAGAUGAUUUGAUUUGCCACUAAUCUGUAAGACAAAACCAAAACAGAUUUGUUACCUAUUAGUUUUCCCAGUAUCUACAGAAACUUGAAAAAAAAAAAGUAAAACUUGGUUGAAUUAUCAGGUUUUUUUCCUGAAGACCUGUGAAUGCCCUGCAUUUGCUUUACAACUGAAGUCAAGACAAUGUGCUACAACAUUUUUAAAAAAGAUCAGAUCAUAAAUUGCUAUAGCAAGUUGUACUGGAAGUGCUAAUAAGCAAAACUGAGAGCAGCUAAAAAAAUCAUUGAAUAAAAUUUACUGUACUUUUUUUGCAACUGUGUAUAUGUAACAUAUACACACACGAAGUAGCAUAUGUGUGUGCAUAUAUAUAUAAAAUAUACUGUAUAUGAAUUAUAGAAUAAUGGUAAGGUAAUUCUACCUCUUAUAAAGAAUUUUCUCAUGUACUUUGUUAUAAAUAGUUUUCCUUAAUAAAAUAUUGAUUAAUUUUGAAAUGUAGAUAUAUAUACAUAUACAGCUAAUUGAUAAUAAAAUGCCCGUAUAAGCCAG